AUGACUGUCAAACGUCUACGGGUAGACGAUCUCAGCCAGUUCGACACGUUUCUGUUCGACGCCGAUGGUGUUCUUUGGCGCGGCUCGAACACGGUGCCCGGAUCGGUCGAGUUCAUCGAGGAUCUUAGGAAAAAGGGUAAACAAGUGUACGUCAUCACGAACAACAGCACAAAAACCCGCCCGCAGUACCAGAAGAAGCUGAUGGGCAUGGGGUUUAAUUUUCCGGAGAAUCACAUAAUCUCGCCCGGUAUUACACUACCAUCAUAUUUGAAGGACAACGGCUACGAGGGAAAGAAAAUUUAUUUGAUCGGCACGCCAUCACUUCGGGAUUCGCUUGAAGAUAUCGCUGGGGUGAAAUGUAUCGGAUUGGGGCCCGACCAUUUCGACGAGUUGACUGAUGGAGAUUUCCUCUUCGAUGUCCGCAAUGAGGAAAAUGUGGCCGCUGUCGUGAUCGGAUUUGAUGGUCACUUCAGCUACCCAAAAUUGAUGCGAGCCGCGAACUAUUUGAAAGAGGCGGAUUGCGGCUACUUCAUCACCAACGAGGACUACACGUUCCCCGGGCCGUGCAGUGAUAUCGUUGUGCCUGGCACGGGUUGCAUCACGGCUUCCGUCCGUGCAGUCACUGACCGUGAGCCCCUCGUCUUCGGCAAGCCCCACUCGACCGUCGCCGAAUACCUGCAGCGUCACGGGAAAAUCGACGCAUCGCGUACGAUCAUGUUCGGCGAUCGUCUGGAUACGGAUAUUCUAUUCGCGAACCGGAAUGGGUUCUCGUCGUGUCUGAUGUUGACUGGUAUCCACAGUCUGGAUACGGUGGAGAGAGCAAUUGCUGAGGAACAGUUCGACAUGGUCCCCCAGUAUCAAUUCUCGUUUGCCCCGUUUGCGGGCCGU